UUGCGUGAUUCUGGGUGGUUUUGCGUGAUUCUGGGUGAUUCUGCGUGGUUUUGCGUCGUGCUGGAUGGCGCUGGGGAAGCUGGGUGAAAAAUGCAGGGCAGUGCUGGGUUUUUGGUGCGAGCCGGUUCUGGCGUUUUCUUAGAGGCAGGACAGGCCGGGCCGUGGGGCCGGGCCCGCUGGCGUGGGUGCACCGUGGUUUCCAUGCUGCGGCCGCCUAGAAGAAACCCGUCGUCGGGUUUCGAGGCACCAGCUCCCAUGCGCUGGAUAUGCACCAUUUCCGGCAGAGCCGCUCGUCUACGCACGAGCAGCGUCUCGGGAAAGCACGCGGGCGCCCGGGCGUCCGUGUGGGAUGCUCUCGCUGCAGGGGGCUUUCUCGCCUCGUAUAUCUGCCGCCCGAAACGGCCCGUGAAACGUCUCUCUCCCGGGGCCAGGCACGUGCCGCACGGGCCCCGGAGUCCUGGUGCGGUUCUGGCGGUCUGGUUUGUUCGUGAAGCGGCGUGGUGUGUUUACUUCUGUUUGGGUCCUCGGGGUUUGCUCCCGGAUCUCUGUUUUGUUCACGGACUUUGUUUGUCACUGAAUGCUCUCUAUUACUCCGAGUUCUGCUAUGCUACUCCGGGUCCUGUUAUGUUACUCUGAGUGUUGUCCCCAGUUUAUUUUUGCUCCUGGGGUCUGUUUUUGUGGUGUAUGCUUUGCUCCUGGGGUAUGUUUUGUUACUCCGGUUUAAUUGUGUUAGUCAGAGUUUAUUGUGUUUCUCCGGUUGUAUUGCGUUACUCCGGUUUUAUUGUGCUACUCAGAUUCUAUUGUGUUACUGAG